GCAAAGGGUGUCGGGAGCGGCUUCCAGUAAACCUUCCCUGGCCUCUGGAGGGACCACCGUUGCCGCCGCUUCGGCUUCCAAGAUCUACGUUCGGGCUACGCGGCCACGGAGGCCGCCAGUGCGACUCCCACUGUGCCUGGCUCUGUCCAUAUUAGUUCCCAGGCGGCCGUCGCCGUUCCAGCAGCGGUAGCGGCAGCGGCGGACAUGUUGUGAGGCGGCGGCGCGGGUGUCUGAAGGAUGGUUUGGCCGAGGCGGCGGCAACGGCUGCUAGCGGCGGCGGCGGCGGCGGCAGCGGGGCCUCGGGCUCUGUAGAGCCGAGCCCGCUGGGUACCCACCCGGUACCGCGGCGAGGCCAGUGCCCCUGGAUCUUGCCUCUGCUCCGACGCCGUUGGGGACCAGUUAGGCGACAGCGCCCGCCCCUCUGAGGAGACCCGAAGGUGGUUCCCCGGCCGCUCAAAUUUCCGGACCACAGUGCUUUCCCCUCCUCAGCCGGGGCUGUAUUCUCUCUAGAAUCCUCAGGCCUCCACUUUCCUCCCAAACUCAUCCUAAAUCUCUUACACACUCGGGUGUUCCCAGCCCUCAAGCCAGCUCCUCCUCCGUUCAUUUUCUGCACUCUCUUCGAAGAGCACCCCCCGGGAUCACUCUCCGAGGGCGGCGUUUUGAGAAAUAUCCGUAGAGUAGUGGACCAGAGCUGGGGAGUUUUUAAAAGUCGAGGCGCGAGAAACAGGAAGGUACUAUGGCUUCCUCGUCUGGCAACGAUGAUGAUCUCACUAUCCCAAGAGCUGCUAUCAAUAAAAUGAUCAAAGAGACUCUUCCUAAUGUCCGAGUGGCCAACGAUGCUCGAGAGCUGGUGGUGAACUGCUGCACUGAAUUCAUUCACCUUAUAUCUUCUGAAGCCAAUGAGAUUUGUAACAAAUCGGAAAAGAAGACCAUCUCACCAGAGCAUGUCAUACAAGCACUAGAAAGUUUGGGAUUUGGCUCUUAUAUCAGUGAAGUAAAAGAAGUCUUGCAAGAGUGUAAAACAGUAGCAUUAAAAAGAAGAAAGGCCAGUUCUCGUUUGGAAAACCUUGGCAUUCCUGAAGAAGAGUUAUUGAGACAGCAACAAGAAUUAUUUGCAAAAGCUAGACAGCAACAAGCAGAAUUGGCCCAACAGGAAUGGCUUCAAAUGCAGCAAGCCGCCCAACAAGCACAGCUUGCUGCUGCCUCAGCCAGUGCAUCUAAUCAGGCAGGAUCUUCUCAGGAUGAAGAAGAUGAUGAUGAUAUCUGAAAUUCACCAGCUGAGUUUCUAUUUCUUCUAUAAAUGUUUUUCCCUGCACAACAAAAACAGUGAAAGAAAUGCUUACCUGUAAUUUUGUAUGCAUCUUGGUGGACUUGUCAUUGGUAUUCUAGGGAUGUCUGCUAUUGAGUUUCAUCUCUUGUGUGCUAUACAUGUAAAAACUGUCUCUUUGAACUAUUGAAAAUUUAAGGUUCAGUAUAAUAUCAAUUUUGAAUUUUUAAUGGUGUUUAUGAAAUUUUAGAUAGCGAGUCCUUCAUUUGAUCAAUAAACAGUGUUACAGAAAACUUCAAGUUUAUAAAAAUACAGUGAAAUUUAUACAAAGCUCUAAAUCCGCAUUUGCAUUUCCUCUGCCCUUUUAACUAAACUAAAACUUAUGAAUUUUAAAUUAUUAAGGGGGGGUGCUGUAUGAAUCAGUAGUCAUUGGAUCAGGUUGCUGAAAAGUGUUCAGUUCUGUAGUAUCUGAAUUUGUCUUUUAAAAUGAGUACAUAUAUAGGCAAUAAAUAUAUAUGCUCAGAUAAACUUGUUAGAAAAACUUCAAGACAUUCAAAAACUACGGAGUAUGUUCAAUAGUAGUUGUAUAAAUUUGGUGGUUAUGUUUUUUUAUUUUGUUUUUGUUUUGUGUAGAGGUAAAAACUAUAGUUUUAUUACAGCAUAAUUCAUUUUGAGCUCCACUAUGACAUUUCAGAGACUGCCCAGUUUAAAAGUCUGUCAUGAUUUUUACUAUUUCACUCCAAUUCAAUAAUUGUUGAUAGUAUUACUUGCCUAGUUCAUCCAUACUCAUAUUAUUCAAAUAUGUAGGUGGGACUUUUGAAACAAUUGCUUUGGUUCCCUUGGUUUAACAGAGGUUCAUGAAUAUUCAAACCUUUGCUGGGGGAAAGAAAUGAAAGUUAAUGAGAAUGCUUGCUAUAAGAGAGGGAUUUUUAAUUUAACUUGUAGUUACAGUUUACUUAUUGUUUUUAGAAUUACUUUUACAUUUUCCUGACUAGAUAGCCUAGAGUCCAACGUUACCUUUUGAGAUGACAUUAUUGUCUCCAUCAUAAUUGAGUGAUAGCUUUAAAAAAGGAUUAGUUUUGCUUAAGAAGUUAUGUUAUAACUGAUCAGCGCUAUUUGAAAUAACUGAUCAGCCCUAUAUGUAAUAUAAGUUGUGUUAUAACUGAUCAGUCCUAUAUGAAACAUCAAUAGUUUCUACCUGCUUGUUAAAAGACAGAAGCUUUAAUUUGGCUCUAAUAAAUAAAGUAUGGUAGUGAUUAUAGGAAUCCAGGAUGUUGAAGAAAUGGUAUCGUGUCUAUAUUUUGGAAAUAGAAAGGAAGAGACACUUAAGAUAGUAUGAAGUAAUUAUAUUCCUAUGUCAGUUGCCAAAUCUUUUAAACUUAUGUAUUCACCAAGCCCAAAAAUAGCUUGUGGCUACCAGGAUUCCAAUUUUAAUUGGAGAGCUAAGCAAGUAAAGUUUUAUAAGUAUUAGGUUUCUUAAUGAUCAUAUUUUGCAGUUUUAGUAAAAGGGAAAUAUUGUUAUACAUUUAUUAAAUAUACUUCCCCCAUGAAGUGAAAAGGUUAAUUUUGCUGAAUGUUUUAAGUUGAAGUUACUUCAUGGAUGUCAUAUCCAUGAAGUGCGUUUGGAUGAGAUAGAAGAAAUUGUUUUUUACAAAGUUUAAGUACCAAAGGUAGUCUAGCUUAGAACAAUAAUAAGUUAAUACAUGUUGGCUUUUCUAAUUUGUACUGUAACAUCCUUAUACUUUCUAUUUUAAGUAUAUCUGUUUCUUAAGUAAACAACUUAGAUAUUUUCCAUAACUUUUUUUUUCUGAUGCAGAGUUCAGGUUAAUUAAUAUUUUACUGCAUCUGAUAAUGUAUUAUACGUUUGAAGCCUAGUGACGUUUCAUUUUGACAUUCUUGUGUAUUCUUCAAGCAAUAAAAUUGUGAUGUGUUUUAUAAAUGGUUUUUAUAUUUAAUGAUUUUUGAGAGAUUUCUAUUUACUAUUUUUACUAGUUUCAAAAAUCUUAGGCCCAAAAGACAUUUUGGUAUGUAGUACCUGCCUUUUGUUUUUGUUUACUAUUAUUUCAAAAAAUGUGGUUUUACUUGUGUUUUUGUAAUUUACAGUCAUAAGAUCGAGGCAUAACAAAGCUGCUUAAGCAAUAUUUUACUUUUAGGUUUUCUUUUCCUUUUUUUUUGGAAUUAAAAGUCACUAUUAACGUUUUGCCAGUUAACAUUUUUUUAAUCUUUUGAAGAGAGAAACAAAAUCGUUAGCGUUCUUGAGAAAUAAAGUUAUUAUUCCUUAAGUAUUUUUCCAUCCCCUUGAAUAUAUGUUAUAUAUCUUUUUCAGCAGAUUACCAGAUUAAUAAGUGCUGAAAAGCCAUCAGUUUUUAAAGCUGCAUAUACCACACACACAGAACAGUGCACAAAUAAAGGUUUUCACAGAUUAAGCAAACUGAUAUCAUCAGUCCUCAGAUCAAAACACAGAGCAUUAUGUGUACCCAGAAGCCUUCUUCUUGCCCCAUCUUAACACUUUUUUCUUGCUGAAAGUAACUACUAUCCUGACUUCUAAAAUCAUAGACUAGUUUUGCCUGUUUUUUAUUUUAUGUAAAAGCACUCAUAUAUAGUACAGUCUUUUUUACAUUCAUCAUUUUUGUGAAUAUUUUAGUUUCUUGUUGCCACUAUAGCAAAUUACCACAAACUUAGUGAUGUAAAACAACACAGAUUUAUUCUUUUAUAGUCCUGGAGAUCAGAACUCCAAAAAUCAGUUUCAUUAAGCCCGAAUCAAAGUACCAGAUGUGUUGGUUCUUUCUUGAGGUUGUGAGGGAGAAUGUUUUCUUGCCUUGGUUGGCUUCUAGUGACUGCCUAUAUUUAUGGGCUUGUGACCCCUUUCUCUCUAUGAUCAAUGCCAGCUUUUGUCAUUAUAUCAUCUUCCCUUCCGUAGUCAGUUCUUUCCCUGCCUCUACAUUUAGGGCUCACUUGCAUAAGGCGGGGAUAAUCCCCCUAUCUCAAGAUCCUUAAUUUAAUCAUAUCUACAAAAUCUUUUUUACCAUUUAAGUGACAUUCACAUGUUCCAGGGAUUCAGACCCUGGCUAUCUUUGGACGCCGUUAUUCAACCUACCAAAGUGAGAUUCAUCUUUAUUGUUGCAUGUAUUUGUAGUUCAUUCAUUGUCAUUGCUGUAUAGUCUUCCAUUUAUUUAUCCAUUUUUUAUUAUGUCCAAAAGUAUUAUUCAUUCUCCCAUUGAUAGUCAUUUGAGGAUUUUUCAGUUUUGAGCUAUUAUGAGUAGUACUGUGGAGAACAUCCUUAUACAUGUCUUUUGGUGAGUGUAUACAUUUCCGUUGAGUAUAAACCUACGAAUGGAAUUGCUAGGCUGUAGUGUGUGUGUAUUUUCAGCUCUAGCAUUUACUGUCAAAGUUUUCCAAAAUGACUGUAAGCAGACACCAUUUUAAUGUGUAGCAUAAUAAUGAAUUACCCUAAUGAGCUUAGUGGAUUGAAUUUCUCAAAAUACCUAAAUUGUACUAAAUGAGUUAUACUACAGCAGGUAUGUUGUUAUUUAAUUUCGUAUAGGAGGAAAAUAAGAGCAAAAGUAAUUGCCCUUAUUACUGACAUAUUAGUAUUACAUACUCAUUAGGUUAUUGCUCCUUAGAAAAAAAAUGCAGAUUUUAAGUAAUCAUAAGUAGUAUGUUGAAUUAGUAUGUUGUGGGAAAAUCUGUGAUUUAAUUUUUUAGUUGAAUUUAAAAUUUUUGGUUAUAACCUCAUUAAAAUGCAUAUUUUCUUAUAUAGGUUUCUAAAUUAUGUCUGUCCAACUCAUCUAUAUCUAAAUCGUCAUCAGGAAGAAUUAUCCAAUCCAGAUGGCAUAGGCACUGCCCUCCACUGUCUUCACUUGGAUUUUUUUGUUGCUGUUUUCUUCUUUUCCUCUGUCCCCAACAAUUUGACCACAAGUCCUAUCCCACCUCCUGAAUUUUUCACCAUGGCCCAGGAUAUGUUUUUCACCAUGGCCCAGGUCAUGGUUAGGAUUGGCCAGGGUGAAGCGAAUGAUGAUAUAUAAGUAGCUUCCUUUCACCUAAGUUGUUACCACUGGUUCUUAUCCUAUUUCCUCAAAACAAAUGAGAAGAGAAAGUAAGGAAUAAGAAGAAGAAACUUUUUUUUUUUUUUUUUUUUU